UCCCUACUACCUGAAGUGUCUUGGCACGCGCCCGGGGCCGUAAAUAUAGAACAGCUCCCGAUCUUCCAGGAGGCAGUGGCUGGCGCUGAUCGUAGGUGGCUGGUGGCAGUUGUGGGGCUGUCAACGCGACGCACGUCGUUUGUCGUUUCGAAAUCGCGUGCGACCGCACCGCGCACGCACCACGAAUGUCAACCGGCUGUCACACCUGUUGAUCGUUGAGCAACGGUUCGGGAGUUGAGCGGGAAUAUGCCCAGAGCGUUCCAGAUGACCAAUAGAAAGUACGACUUGGAUGAGGAGGAGCGGACGGAGUUGGGAUUGAGUCCGGAACAUAGGGUAAGCGUUGCUGAGCCAGAAAUGCCCUCAGAGAGCAGCUCAGAAUGUCCUGAUGAGCUAUACAACCUUACUAAGCUAGCCGAAGUAGCUGUAGCUACAGGAGAAAUAUUGGAGAGAAGACGGUUGGCAGCAUCACCAUCUGCUUUGGGAGCUGAUGAACCUCCUUCUUUUACAUACACUCACAAGCUGUUUGAUAAAUCAUCAAGAACUCCCAGAGCACAUGUCGUAAAGGGCGAAGACCACCCUUUAUCCCUCCACCACCAGUCUCCUUCACCCAUCGACCAGAACCCCCUCCAAACCGUCUCGAGCACGACCUCGACCUCAACCGACCUCAACGAACACACGUGCUCCGAGUGCGGCAAAAAGUACAGUACUUCCUCAAACUUGGCAAGGCACCGGCAGACCCAUCGAAGUCCCGCCGACAAGAAGGCUAGGAGAUGUCCACAUUGCGACAAGGUGUAUGUCAGCAUGCCUGCGUAUUCGAUGCAUGUCAGGACUCACAACCAGGGGUGCAAAUGUCAUUUCUGUGGAAAGUGCUUCUCGAGGCCAUGGUUGUUGCAGGGCCAUAUUAGGACUCAUACCGGUGAAAAACCCUUCAAAUGCACCAUCUGCAGCAAGGCCUUCGCCGACAAGUCCAACCUCCGCGCCCACGUCCAAACCCACUCCAACACCAAGCCGCACGUAUGUGGUCGCUGCGGCAAAGCUUUCGCUCUUAAAUCCUACCUCUACAAACACGAGGAAUCGUCUUGCAUGCGGAUGAACCCCAGAAGAGCCUCCCGGGAAGCCACGCCGGACAAGAACGUGGCUUCUCCUACGCCUGUCAUUGUGUCUCUAGGAUCAGCUCUAGGUGAAUCAGUUAUCAAAGGGCCUGAGUCUCUGAUUAGGUCCCCUAUGCUUUAUAGAUCAACUGUUAUAUCCCCCAAUCCUGAGAGGAUUCUGUAUUCCACGAUAAAACAUCCUUCGGUUAUUUUUAAUGGGAGGUUUAGGGAUGUUCAGGAACAGCCGGUGGAUUUUUCUAAUAGGCAAGGAGGAGGGAGAGGGUAUCCUCAUCUAGGGCUCGCCAUUGCGGUUUGAGUGUUUUGGAGAAGGUUUUCAAUUCAGGGACCAUUUUGUAAUACCUAGCUGUUUGUCUAAAUGAUUCAGUAUUAGAAUUGAGAGAUGAGUAUUUCUUUGAAAAUUCCGUAUUCAGGAUGAGUGGAAAAAUUGUCUCCAUACAGGGUGUUCUUAUAUUGGGUGCUGAUAUUUCAAGUUCAAAUAAUAGGGAAUUUUCCAUAUCGAAAAUAUAGCAUUUUUAAAGUUUGAAAGGAAAAGUGUACCUUGGCAUUGUUGACAUGUUAACUAGAACCAUUGGUCAACAUAUUUCACCAGAAGAUAGCCGACGUAAUGCUAAGUUCCCGUUUCCAAAAAAUUAUCCGACAUAAAAUGAGAUACCAUAGCAGCAUCAAUGAUAGUUUGUUACAGCUGUUUAUCUAUUAACUAUACAGGGCGUUUCACAACUUAUCCGACAAAUUUUAACCACAUAUGCACUGUUACGAAAGAAGUUGAUUUCUCAAAAAAAAAUGUAAUAAAAGUCCUACAGAAAUCGAGAUGAUGAAAUAAUACAGCUUAACAGUUCACUUACUUGUAAAAGUUGUUCAAAAUUGUUUCCGUUGACUACAGUGCAAGCUUGGGCGCGUCUAAUCUCCGCCAGCACGUGCACGUAAAACAAUUGUCCUAAAUGUUUCGUAUAUGGUAUGUGUCAAUUCGGAAAUCGGUGUACAUACAAACGAGAAGCCGCUCGCGAAUUUUGCACUGCUUCUCCGUACGCUAAAACAAUGUCCACUAACUCCUCAUUAGUGUACGAAUAUUCCAUUUUUAUUAAUAAAACUAAAAUCAUAAACUCGCAAAAUACUUUCUUAUUUAACUUCGACCGUUCUUCAUUCAGAUCACCCACGAUACAGAUUAAAUGUUAUUUACACGUUCUCAUCAGUACGAAAAACAAAAAAUUCCUAGUAUUUUGCUUUCGUCACUUGUUUGGAGAAAUCAACUUCUUUCGUAACAGUACAUAUGUGGUUAAAUUUUGUCGGAUAAGUUGUGAAACACCCUGUAUAUGCCAAAUAUACUUUGAAAGGUUAGUGACCCACAGGUAGCCCUGUAGCCACAUAUAUGCUUGUAUAUGCUCAUAUAGACAGCGCCAUCUGUGAGACACUAACCAAUUCAAAGUUUAUAUAGUCAAUAGAUGAACAACCUUUACAAGUUCUCGUAGAUGAUGCUUCGGUAUCUCAUUUCAUCUCAUAAUUAUACGAACGCUAUAUUUAGCAUUAGGUUGGAUUUCUACAGGUAGAAUACGUUAGUCAACAUUAGAAUUGUUUAAGGGGGUAUUUAAAACAUAGACGCAUAAAAUGGAUACACCAAUUUUUGUGGGAAACUUUUUAUUCGACAACAAAGAAUGAGAAAACGUGUUUUUUGGGAUUCAAUCGAAAGUGUUGGCAUGAACGAAAAAACUCUUCAAAUAAGAUUUUUAGAUAUGUAUGAGGUCUACAGAAGGAGACCACACGUAAAAAAAUCCCACUUAUAUUCACGCAGCUACUUGAAAUUCUUCAACUCCGAAGGCUUCGUAGUUCUAAAUAAUCUAAAUAACCACAACAAAAUUGUAGUCGAUCGGUGAAGUAGUUUUUGAGAAUAUAUACGUAUUAUCCUAAAACGCCUGUCUUCCGGACACCACUACUAGUUUACUGAGCAAUAUACAGAGAUCGUUCAAAGGGCAUUUUAUAGCAAAAUACACGCGUUUACCUUGCCGACAUAAAUCACAAGAAAUUUCGGAAGACAGUUGUUAUUUUUAAGUAAAAAAAGAAGGGUUACAUUUUUUCUUCUAAACAAGUUCAAACAUUUCGUAUUUGUGAGUAAUUGAACAGGUUCGCUACGACAUUCGAAAAACGUACGUGAUUAUACACAUGUUAAAAUAAAGCGGAUGUGACUAUCACCUUUUGUUGCGAAGAAAAAAAAAAUUUCAAUAUUUUUUUAUACUCAUGUGGGUACAUAUUUAGAGCUGAAAUCUUUUUACCUGUAGUCUCAUUCUGUACAUCUCAUAAAUACCUAAAAAUUUUAUUUGAAGUUUUAGUACUCCCACCAAAACUGUUGUACACAUUUUAUGCGUCCAUGUUUUGAGUGCACCCUUGAACAACGUGGUUCAAUAAAACCAGAAUUUACAAUUAUUUCGCG